AUGCAGCUUAAGGACUCUGCUAUAUGCACCAUGAUUGCACUCGACCCAUCCUUCACACUUCACAGAGACAUUAAGUCGAGCAAUAUCCUUCUGGACUCGGAAUUCAAUGCAAAAAUAGCAGAUUUUGGACUCUCAAAAAUGCUAGCCAAGAGCGAUGAUGAUCCUGAGACAGCUUCUGCUAUUGCUGGAACUUUUGGUUAUAUAGCCCCAGAGUAUGCCUUGACAAUCAAAGUGAAUGUAAAGACUGAUAGCUAUAGCUUCGGAGUGGUCAAGAUGCCUAAACAAGUAAAUGUACCUGAAAAUAACAGCCUCAAAAACUAUGGAAAGGGCGGUAUGACUAUUCCAGGUAUGGGUGUGCCACCGCAAAACCCUGAGAGUACACCAGAACCGAUUCCCAAGGAGGUGCCAAAUCCUAUACACCCUACCUCGGAUGAGUCUGGGAGCGUACAGACCCCCGAGGAUGAUGAAGAAGAUUUUCUCGCUCCUCGAACUUUCGUUUCCCCUGAAGAGUCGGAUGCAACGAAAUUGACAAUUGAAGUAAAUCAGUUAAAUGGGAGCUACGAGGUCCGAGAAGACAGGAUGCAAAGAUACUUGGACAAAAUCCAAGCCACAUUAUGCUGUUUCAAAGAAAGGAACCUGAUCCACAUACCUCGGGAGCAGAACAGCGAGGCCGAUGCCCUCGCAAACUUGGGAUCAUCUGUUGAAGAAGAUGGACUACUCCCCGGCACUGUUGUUCAGCUAUCCAAAUUAGUGGUUGAGGAAGGUCAUGCCGAGAUUAAUUCUACUAGCCUAACAUGA